CUGGAAGUAGAUGGGGAGGGGAGUGAGAGAGAAAAAGACAGGGAAAAGGGGGUAGGUAGGGGUGUUGUGCGCCAAUAUUGAACAACAAAUGGUAGCGUGGCUGCCCCCAUCUCCAUUCCCUCGUCUACUUACGUCUCCUUCUCUUCUCUUCUCUUCUCUUAGCUUGUGCCAUCACUCAUUCUCACCUAACACCCUUCUCUGCUCUUCAACACUUUUAUUCUUAUUCAUAUUCAUAUACAUACACCUAUACUCGUUUAUUUCACUACUUCCUCUCUCCUUUUCUCUCUCAUUAUUGCAAUAACAAAUUAACACACCAUGUUGUCAGUAGCUCCUUCUCUUGACAGCACCCAAACCCAACAACAACAGCAGCAGCAAAGGACCGCUGACCCAACCCAACAACCCAAUUCUUCUCCCCAAAAUGUCCACAUCUUCAAGUCUAAAUUACCCGAUAUACCCCUCUCUAACCACCUUCCUCUCCACUCUUUCUGCUUCCAAAGACUCAAUGAAAUCUCUGACCGUCCAUGUCUCAUCGUCGGUUCCGCCGGAAAAAUCUACACCUACGGCGAAACAUACCACGCCUCCCGGAGACUCGCCGCCGGCAUGUCCGCCAUCGGAAUUACCAAGGGCGAUGUCAUCAUGAUCCUCCUCCAGAACUCAGCGGAGUUUGUCUUCUCCUUCAUCGCCGCCUCCAUGAUCGGCGCUGUCGCCACCACCGCCAACCCGUUCUACACUCCCGCCGAGAUCUUCAAGCAGAUCACCGCCUCCAAGGCCAAGCUCGUCAUCACGCAGGCAAUGUACGUUGACAAGCUCCGAGACAGCGAUUCCGCCAAAAUCGGAGAGGAUUUCAAGGUCGUAACCGUCGACGAUCCGCCGGAGAACUGCCUGCACUUCUCAGCGAUCUCCGAGGGAAACGAGAACGACCUACCGGAGGUUGAGAUCCACCCUGACGACGCGGUGGCGCUGCCGUUCUCCUCCGGAACAACCGGUCUCCCGAAAGGAGUGGUUCUCACGCACAGGAGCUUAACGACGAGCGUGGCUCAACAGGUCGACGGAGAAAACCCUAACCUGUACCUGAAAACGGAGGACGUUCUUCUCUGCGUUCUUCCUCUGUUCCACAUAUUCUCGCUGAACAGUGUUCUGUUGUGUGCUUUGAGAGCUGGAAGCGCCGUGUUGCUGAUGCAGAAGUUCGACAUUGGAACGUUGCUGGAGCUCAUUCAGAGGUACAGGGUUUCGGUGGCGAUGGUGGUGCCACCGCUCGUGCUGGCUCUGGCGAAGAAUCCGAUGGUGGUGGAGUAUGAUUUGAGCUCUAUAAGGUUGGUGUUGUCCGGAGCGGCGCCGCUCGGCAAGGAGCUCGAAGAGGGUCUCCGGAGCAGGGUGCCUCAAGCUGUUUUGGGACAGGGGUACGGGAUGACAGAGGCAGGGCCAGUGCUGUCCAUGUGCUUGGGCUUUGCGAAGCAACCAUUCCCAACGAAAUCAGGUUCAUGUGGCACUGUUGUUAGAAAUGCUGAGCUUAAGGUCGUCGACCCUGAAACUGGUUGCUCUCUUGGUUAUAAUCAACCUGGUGAAAUUUGCAUCCGUGGUCAACAAAUCAUGAAAGGGUAUUUGAACGAUGAUACAGCAACAGCAACAACUAUCGAUGUGGAUGGCUGGCUGCAUACCGGUGAUGUUGGUUAUGUAGAUGAUGAUGAUGAAAUCUUCAUCGUUGACAGGGUCAAGGAACUCAUCAAAUUUAAAGGUUUCCAGGUGCCCCCUGCAGAACUUGAAGCCCUUCUUGUAAGUCACCCCUCUAUUGCAGACGCAGCUGUUGUCCCGCAAAAGGAUGUUGCUGCUGGUGAAGUUCCUGUUGCAUUCGUGGUUAGAUCUAAUGGCUUUGAACUCACUGAAGAGUCUGUAAAGGAAUUCAUAGCUAAACAGGUAGUGUUUUACAAAAGACUACACAAAGUGUACUUUGUGCAUGCAAUUCCGAAGUCUCCAUCAGGAAAGAUAUUAAGGAAAGACCUCAGAGCAAAGCUAGAAAACACCACCACCCUUAAGCCCUAGACGCUUCAUAGAACUUUUGUCUUUGCAGUAUAUUCUAUAUUUAUUCUUUCUUUCUUUUUUUCCUUUUAUUUUCCUCUCUUCUUUUGGGUACGGGUUCCAUAAUUGUAAUCUUAUGAUUUAAUGCUUCAUGGCACAAAGCCAAUACGAGAAGCAAAUAAACAAUUGUAUUCUUUUCAUGUGAAGACGGUUUUACUCCUCUGUUGUCUGCUGUAA